AGUAUUCUCUCUGUCACUGCUCUACGUUACUUAUUAUUCUAUGAUUGAACUUGAGUGAAUCGUUUAUUACCCGGAUAAUUGAAUUUGUUUCGUGUUGUUGAAAACUAAAUUCGAGAUGAUUAACACAUUCCGCCUGAUAUCUCGGCAAAACCCUCAUCAAUUUCGUCAGUUUCAUAAAUGCAUUAUUCGACAAACGGAGGCAACAAGUGCUGCGACAGCAACUACGCCACCUCAACCACAACCACCUCCGUCAGGUGUGGACAAACCGGUGGACCCAAAAAUUGACAAAAUAGCUAAUGACAUAAGUGCUCUUAACCUAAUAGAAGUAGCACAGCUUAGUGAUUUAUUAAAGAAACGACUAAAUCUACCAGAUGCACCUGUCAUGCCUAUGGGAGGAUUUGUUGCCGCGCCUCAAGUUGAGGCUGAGGAGGAAGAAGAGCAAGUGCAAAAACGAGUACAAACAUCGUUUACUGUUAAACUGACAGGAUAUGACGAAAAACAGAAGAUACCUUUAAUAAAGGAAAUAAAGAACCUGUUACCCGACACAAAUCUUGUUCAGGCGAAAAAGUUUGUCGAAAGCGUACCUACGAUAGUGAAGGCGGAUUUAGCGAAAGAUGAAGCAGAAAAAUUGAAAGAGUCUCUGUUAAAGGUCGGUGGUACAGUCGAGAUUGUAUAAAUCAUGAUUACAUAUAUUGUUAUAUGUAUCUGUAAUGUAAUCUGUUAUACAGUAAAAAUUUACUACUUAUA